GUCCUGCAGUCGGGCCGCGUCCUGUGCAGACGGAUGGUGUGCGACUGCGACAAUCCCACGCUGGAUCUGUUCUGCUGUCCGGAGUGUGACCCGCGCCUCACGUCGCAGUGUCUGCAUCAGAACGGCCUGCUGACCUACUCCAGCGGAGACACCUGGAUCGACAGCUGCCAGCGCUGCCAGUGUCUGCAGGGUGAGGUGGACUGCUGGCCUCUGUCCUGCCCGCCGGCGGACUGUGACUUCACACUGGUGCCCGAGGGCGAGUGCUGCCCACGCUGCGUCUCGGACCCGUGCCAGGCUCACGCCGUCCGCAACGACAUCACCAAGACCUGCACGGACGAGCACGGCAUCACGCGCUUCAGCGGCUCGUCCUGGGUCAAACACGGCACCGACUGCACACUGUGCCAGUGCAAGAACGGACACAUCUGUUGCUCAGUGGAUCCCAUGUGUCUUUAGUCGCUGCGCUCGACGCUAACAGCACCUGUACAGUCUCACGCGACCGUCCCUCCACAGCCUUCCCCAAAUAAUGCCAAAUAUGAAUCGUGUAUAAUAUCAGACAGACGCCAGCGUACCUGAGGAGGCCAUUUCUGCACAAACCAGGACUAUAACCCCACCGACCACGCACACGCCGGCAUGACCACACUGGAUGUCUAAAGAAUAAAACAUUCAUUCAUUUUUAUCUCUUCAACGAUCACAGGAUGUAGAAAU